GGGGGCACGCCAAUGAAAAUUAGAGGGGGAGGACUGCAGCGAGGCCGCGCGAGACAAUAAAGCCCUGAGCAGCGAGCCGACUUCAUGCACGCAGAGGGCGGAACACGCACUAAACUAUCCACGCAACGCAAGCAAAGAGAAGUAAUCAUGAUGCAAUCAGCAUUCUUGUGCGCGUUGCUUGCGGCUGCCCAUGCGCCGGCGGCUUCUGGCUUCAUGCCAGCGGGACUAGCACCUCGUCUGUCCUCCUCAAGCAGCAGGCAGCAGGUAUCCUCCGCUACGACGCGCAUGGCCCUUAGUCCGGAGGGUGGCCAGGGACAGAGCAGGGGGGAGCUGCUGCAGACGGUUUGGAAGACAGCCUUGACAGCGGGCGCCGCGCAAACGCUGCUCGCGUCCUCGGCCCUGGCAGAGGACUCCCUGACAACGGCGAGUGGCCUCAAGAUCAAGAAGCUGGUGCAGGGCACCGGUCCCGUGGCGGAGCAAGGGGACCUCAUCGGCGUCCGCUUCAAGGGCAACUACGGCACGUACGAGUUCGACAACAUCUUCAACACGGCGGAGCCGUACUACAUGCGCGCGGGGGUCGGGACGCUCGUAAAGGGCGUGGAGGAAGCGUUGUUAAUGAUGAGGGUGGGCGACAAGUGGCAGCUCACGUGCCCGGCUAACCUCGCCUUCGGAAACAAGGGCCGCCCACCGAGCCCCGGAAGGCCGAGGAUCCCUCCGGGCGCAGACGUGGAGUAUACCCUGGAGCUGGUAGCCUUGCCCGGAAAGGAGGAGGACAUCGUCGAACAGCGCACCGGCGACACCUUCACGGGCAACGCCUUCGACGACCAAUAGAAAGAACACCCCCGUUUAGUAGAGCUUAAGUUCAGAACCACCGCCACGCGGUAUCUAACAAGUGUGUGCAGCCAGCCGGCCGUGCGCAGCAAGCCGUUAGCAGGAUGGGUGCAUGUGGGCAUGAGACAGCUUGCUGCUGCUGUGGCGAAUUGGAGGGGGUGGUUGAGCGUGUUGUUGCCAUGGUCGUAGCCAGGUCAAGGUGGCCUCUUUCCGUAUGGAGGGGAGGCGGAGAAAGCAUGUGCCGAACAGGGUGGUGGAUGAAAGUAGGAAACCGCUGUCCUGGUGAUGAUGUUAGGACGAGCGCGAAGGCAACGAAUAUCGGGAUAACUGGCAGCAAUAAAACCUUCCACGCAAGAGACCCCCCAAUUAUUGUACUGAACUGGCCACAUGCAACAGGGGGACUAGAUAGAUGACAGCCCUUGCCGGAAUAGUGUGUGUAGAACGCUUAUUCAAGGGCGGUGGAAACCCAUCCCGUGCCCCCCCCCCCUGGGUGUGCAUACUUUCCAUUCCUGUCCGCAGUGCCUCGAGCCGAAUAGGUAGAGUAGGCUCUUUUUGUUUUACUUUUUGCGGUGUGUGACUGACGGAGCGUGCGUCGGAGAGAGAGAGGCAGCAGCAUCGCUCGUGCGUUUGGUGGUCGAUAGCCGGCGUUCGAGCCGCCAAUCUGGUUUGUUUUGGAGGCUAGUGAAGGUCGGCAGUGGCAAGAUAAUGGGGCGUAGGUGCAUCUUGCGUCGGUUUGCAAAGGUGUCUCCAAAUAGAUGAGCAUCCCUGAGAGGGAUCCCGCGAUUGACAUUUUCUUCACGCGCGCCCAUGUUCUUGGAAGCGUGUGACACAUAUAGAGCGUUGUCUAGCCUGAUCAAAUGGCGUCGGGCCGGUAUAGC